AUCCAUGUUCUCUCCUUUCUAAUUGUUCUAUACUAACAUUCAGUGAGAGGUUGGAAAAAGAGGUUGGAUUUGGUGUGAGUGAUGACUGACAUGCCCCAGUGACUUGACUUGGCAAAUACUUGGCAUGCUUACGGUCUCAUCAUCAUUCCCUUUAUGGUAGCAAUGUUUUACUGAAUAUUUUAAGAUGUGUUUAAGGCAAAUCUCAAAGAACAUAGCUAUUCUCAAACAAUAGAGAUCUCUCAAGGGAAAAAAAGGAAAGCUUCAAUGAGAUGCAUGUCUUGCUGGUUCCUUGGAGAAAUUUCCUGGCAGUCUGUCAGUCUGUCUGCAGCUGGGCUGUAAGCCAGCCUGGGAGUAGAGUAUUAAUACAGGACGAGCGUAUCACGUGGUUCUGCAAAUGUUUUGCAAUUGGUUUCAACCUGUUGCGUCUUCUGACGGUGCAUGGUGGUAGGCCAUCGCCCCUGUUUUUAUACAGCCGGCAGGCUACUUGGCAAUUCUUGUCUGUUGUUCCUGACUGCCAAAUCCAGCUUGAUGCUCAGGUCAUACCUCAAGAUGGUCAUCUUUGGACCCGGUGCUGCUUACGCCGCUUGCACCGCCGGCUGAGCCUGACCUGGAGUCGAAAAUGAACUGGGGGUCCUUUUAUGCCGUGAUCAGCGGCGUAAACAGGCACUCUACUGGCAUCGGACGCGUCUGGCUGUCUGUCAUCUUCAUCUUCCGCAUCCUGGUCCUGGUGGUUGCUGCGGAGAGCGUCUGGGGCGAUGAAAAGUCCGGCUUCACCUGCAACACCCAGCAGCCCGGCUGCAAUAGCGUCUGCUACGACCAGUUCUUCCCAAUUUCGCACAUCCGCCUGUGGGCGCUCCAGCUCAUCCUGGUCUCCACCCCUGCACUCUUAGUGGCCAUGCACGUAGCCCACCGAAGGCACAUCGACAAGAAGAUCCUGAAGAGGGCAGGCCGCAGUAGUCCCAAAGAGCUGGAAAAUAUCAAGAACCAGAAGUUUCAGAUCACAGGCGCCCUGUGGUGGACAUACAUGAUCAGUAUCAUCUUUAGAAUCAUCUUCGAAGUGGCUUUUCUCUACAUCUUUUACGUGAUCUAUCCUGAUUUUAAGAUGGUGCGUUUGGUGAAAUGUGACUCCUUCCCUUGCCCCAAUACGGUGGACUGCUUUGUCUCCAGACCGACAGAAAAGACCAUAUUCACUGUGUUCAUGCUGGCAGUGUCUGCGGUGUGUGUGCUGCUCAACCUGGCAGAGGUGGUGUACCUCAUAGGCAGGGCCUGCAAACGGUCCUUCCGCAGCCCUGAAGACGAGUCAAAAUUACCGUGGAUAAGCCAAAGAUUGUCCACUUACAAGCAAAAUGAAAUCAAUCAGCUGAUAGCAGAUCAUUCCCUCAAGUCUAAGUUCACUGUGACCAAAAAGAGCCCAGCCGAGAGGGGUGAGAGGUGUUCUGCUUUCUGAGACUCUCUUGAACUAAUAAGCAGUAACCUCACCUGACCAUGUACUAUCUCAUGCAUUAAAGUCACAUAUAUACUGUCUAUUAGGUCAAUUUCAGCUCUUUGACUAUUUAUUUACACAUAAUUUAGUCAGUAGAUCUUAGAUUCUUGUUUUUAUCUGUUCAUUUUUACUCACAAAUGUUGGCUGCUGUUCUCGCCUAAACUAUUUAGUCUGUAGUGAAAGUUUAAAGACCAAACUGGUGCUUAAGAACAUUUUAGCUCAUUUACUGCAAAUCCAAGGUGGCUAUUGUUACAGUACAACCUUUGUUUUUCUUUUUUCUGGUUUCCACAAUGCUUCUGAAGGCUUCCUUUAUAUUAUUUUUUAGUAUAAAUAGCAGUUUGUCAAGGUAUUGACAAGCUUGGGCUGACCAUGAGUAUGAUGCCUUGUUUUUGUAACAGCUGUAUUGUUGUUGCUGCUCAGUAUUCUUAGAAGAAUCAAAAUAGGUGUACUGAUUGUUGUAGAAUAUGAGCAAUUUAAAACAUACCAGUUAUAAAUGGUGCAAAAAGUCUGCAAUAUACAGAUUGCUGUUUGGAAAAGGGUUGUAAUCUGUACAUAAAUCCACACCAUAGCAGAUCUUUUGAUACUGAAAUUUAAGGAAAUUGUGCACGCCACAAUUCCAAACUAAACAAACGAAAACACGCAACAGUAAAAGUCAGCCGCAAUGCUCUGAAACAUCGGUUUGGUCCUUUAAAAAUCAGGGGUUAUUGAAGCAGUUGAAAUGCUGGAUGAGAAAUUCAAAAAAUGAAACCAUUCAAAGCUAGUGCAUGUAUAGAAAAGCACAUAUAAAUGGGUAAAAUGACUUUAACAGCUGUUAACAGUAUAGUGGUUAGAUUUUAUUGGAUGGUCACUGAUUUAUUCUAAACUUUGUGUAGCCGCUUGUUGCUACAGUUGGUGCUAGAAAAUAAAUUUUCAAUAAAAACAAACAAACAAUGAAAUACUGUCCAAACAUGACUGCCAUGUCAUCACCGGUGCCUGUAAGCCACAGUGUUGAAACCAGCUACCUAAUAUCAUGCUAUCAAAAGAGCUCAAAUGCAUCGAAGCAUGGAACUUUGCAUGGACUGUGUGAAGUUGUGUAUCUGGGGAGUUUGGAGGCCAGUUUACUACCUUGAUCUGUUGUGUUCAGAUGGUAGCACUCUCACAUAUGCAAAGAAGUUUCUAUGGAGAACACUGUUUUGUAAGGAUGUUCAACCAUCAGUGGUUUUAAUAUUGUGGCUUCUACAUGUGUGUUCACUUUGACUUGUCGGUAAACCUUCAUCCAUUUUCAGCUUCUAAUGCCCUAAAGUUAAAGAUGUCUGUGUUAUUCCUUUCCGCUUGUCUGCAGAGGUACCUCAGCUUAGAAUUUGUCCAGUCUCAUUACUGCAGAUAUAUCCUUGAGUUAGAAUACCUUUCCUUACUUUUCAUCUUCGUAAAAUUUUCUUCCAGUUGGUUUAAAUAAAUGUUUGCAAUUGACGUACUGUUUAACAGACCCUAGUAUUAACCAUCAUGAUAUAUUAGUGAACAUCUCACUUGUCCUGUAAAUGUAAAUAAAAUGUAAAAUAGCUGUUUAUACAAAUCUUUUGCCAUGUGUGCGUGUAACAUACAAAAAACCCUUUCUAAAUGCACGUGUAGCAGUUUACAUCCAGGUAAUCAAUCCAGAUAAACUAUACAAUGGGUUGAAACCGUGUACAUUGUGGAUUAUGAAGAAAUAAACUGGCAGAUAAUAUGAGAUUAUUUAGCAAA